UCUUUUUCGAUCAAUUUUCUCUGAUCACCUAACUCCAGUUCUUGCAUACCGGUGUUUGGUUAAGGAAGAUGACAGAGAUGCUCCAAGCUUUUUGUUUGAGUCAGUUGAGCCUGGUUUGCAAGUUUCUAGUAUUCGUGGUUGGAGCUCAGCCAACAAUAGAAAUUGUGGCAAAGGGGAAUAUGGUUACUGUAAUGGACCAUGAAGCAGGUCAAAAGACAGAAGAAUUGGUGGAGGAUCCGAUGAUGGUUCCUCAAAGAAUAAUGGAAGGAUGGAAGCCCCAACGGAUUGAAGAACUUCCAGAAGCAUUCUGUGGUGGAUGGGUUGGUUAUUUCUCAUAUGAUACAGUGCGUUACGUGGAGAAGAAAAAGCUGCCAUUCUCUAGUUCUCCGCUAGAUGAUAGAAAUCUUCCUGAUGUUCAUUUAGGUCUUUAUGAUGAUGUGGUUGUCUUUGAUCAUGUGGAGAAGAAAGCAUAUGUGAUCCACUGGGUGCGUUUAGAUCAAUAUUCUUCUAUUGAAGAGGCUUUUAGUGAUGGAAUGACUCGGUUGGAAACUUUAGUAUCUAGAGUUCAUGACAUAAAUCCCCCAAAGCUGCCUGCUGGUUCAAUAAAGUUGCAGACUCAACUAUUUGGUCCUAAGUUAGAGGUUUCAAGUAUGAAGAGUGAUGCUUACAAGGAGGCAGUAUUGCAGGCCAAAGAACAUAUCUUGGCUGGUGAUUUUCAGAUUGUUUUAAGUCAGCGUUUUGAGCGGCGAACAUUUGCCGACCCAUUUGAAAUCUAUAGGGCUCUGAGAAUUGUUAAUCCAAGUCCAUACAUGGCAUAUUUACAAGCCAGAGGUUGCAUAAUGGUUGCAUCAAGCCCGGAGAUUCUGUUACAUGCGAAGAAGAACAAAAUCACAAAUCGUCCUCUUGCUGGCACUGUAAGAAGAGGAAAGACACCCAAGGAAGACAUAAUGCUGGAGGAGGAACUUUUGAAGGAUGAAAAGCAAUGUGCAGAGCACAUUAUGUUAGUUGACUUGGGGAGGAACGAUGUUGGAAAGGUAUCAAAACCUGGUUCAGUGAAGGUGGAGAAGCUAAUGAAUAUUGAACGUUAUUCUCAUGUCAUGCACAUCAGCUCGACGGUAACGGGAGAGUUACUUGAUCAUUUAACAAGCUGGGAUGCUUUGCGUGCGACGCUACCUGUUGGAACUGUUAGCGGAGCACCAAAGGUUAAAGCCAUGGAGUUAAUUGAUAAACUGGAAGUCACAAGGCGCGGCCCAUACAGUGGUGGAUUUGGAGGCAUUUCAUUUUCCGGUGACAUGGACAUUGCUCUCACUUUGAGGACAAUGGUUUUCCCAACUAAUUUCCGCCAUGACACAAUGUACUCGUACAAGGAUGUGAGCAAGCGCCGAGAAUGGGUUGCUCACAUACAGGCCGGAGCUGGGAUUGUGGCUGACAGCGAUCCUGGUGACGAGCAGAGGGAGUGUGAAAACAAGGCUGCCGCCCUUGCAAGAGCUAUUGAUCUCGCGGAGUCUUCCUUUGUCGGUAAAUCGAGCACUUCUCAGAUCACGGGGUUUAAUCGGCUCAGUCUCUAGGGAAGCUGGACGUUGAUUCAUGAAAUGGUAAACAGUUUCCUCAACAACAGAACCUUUUUGGAUCAAAUUAUUAUUAUUUUUUAAAGUUGGAAAAAUAUCAUAGAGGAGUGCAGAAGCUAGUUACUAAAACAUUGAAAUACGGAUCUGUCAUUUCUUAAUCUACAGUUCUUUACUUUUUAUUUUCUUUUAUUGUUACUUUCGUAACUACAUAAAAUUUAAGGUUGCCGGUUUCAAGUUUCAGCUGGCUGUUUCUCAUC